UGUACUGAUUUUUUCCAUGCUUUUCCUUUGUUGAGAGAGAGAGAGAGAUGAUUGAAUGAAUGGUUGAGAUGGGUUCCCUGAGAGAGAGUGAGAGAGCUGAUUGAAUGAAUGGUUGAGAUGGGUUCCCUCAGAUCCAGGGAACCUAGAUGUAAAAGCAGCUUCUCCAUCCUUUUUGGCCUUCUACACCCUCUCUACCUUGAGUAAAGAGUAGUAGAAGAGUCUAGUAGAAGGCGGUCAGAUAUGCUGUUCCAGAGAGAUCUAGUGUUGAAAUUCCCAUAAAUGGAAGUUCCGAUCCGUUAUUUCUUUACCAGAUCUGCCCACCCUUUUUGUCGUUUUUUAUUAUAUUGACUGGGACUGAAGGAUCGUCUUGUUUGGUGCUGACGGUGGUCUGAUGACGGCACGGGUUUGAAUUUGUUGGUUGUGGAGAUGGGUCUCACGGUUCGCGUCGGGAGAUUGUUCUGGAUGGGCGGUGAAGAAGGUAUGGCAGGCAGAGAUGUAGAAGUGUUAAGAAAAUGAUAGGGUGUAUGAAUUUGGAGGAAGUGUGGGGAAUUGAUGGAGGAGAUGGCUCCGGCAGUUGCGGUGCCACUUAGGAUAGGUAAUUCGGUCCGCGACGGCACGGUGCGCAUGGAGAUCACACGCCUCAAGCUGAUUACGGACACAGCUGGCUUGUUGUCUGACCCUGUAAGUGAGGUGCCUGGGCCUGCUGUCGAUGGAGAUGAAGAAUGCGGGUGCAAUGAUGUUAUGACUGCCCCAGCGGCAGUGGAGGGCAACGAUCUCUUUACAAUGUUGCCUGCAAGCGGUUGUGUCGGUGCUAGUAGUAAUAGUAGUAGUGUUGUUAUUCCGGAUAGUGAGGAAGAUGAUUCGUUGUGGUUGAUAGGGACUGAACAGAUACUUGACAGCUCAUGUUCCCUUUCUGUGGCCAGUGAUACCAGUAGCAUUGCUGCUGCUGAAGACUUAUGGGGUUUGGAGGGUGCUUUGGAAAUAAGCAUGCCAACGUCUGCGGACAUCGAGAAGAGCAUCAGCAAUGUCCAGAUUAUUCCAGCCGCCACUCUGGGAGAACCGAGUGUAAAUGCUCAGCUGGAACCCACAAAUGAUCUUGUGAUUAGGCCGCUGCUGAUUAGCCAUGUGGCAGCGGAAACAGCCAUUGAAGGUGGUGAUUGUGAUCCGAAAGCGUCCUCGGUCAUUCCGCUUAUUGCUCGAGAUAAAAGGAUAUGCGGAGCGAUGGGGAGUCUAGGUGUUUUUGAAUUGGAUUGCAUACCCCUUUGGGGAUGGGUCUCUAUUUGCGGGAGGAGACCGGAGAUGGAAGAUGCUGUUGCAGCUGUGCCUCGGUUUUCAAAGAUUCCCAAAUGGUUGCUGGUCGGUGAUCGUAUGGUGGAUGGCAUGGAUCAAAGCUUGAGUCUGUCGACUGCUCAUUUCUAUGGAGUCUAUGAUGGCCAUGGUGGUGCCCAGGUUGCUAACUACUGUCGGGAACGUGUCCAUUCUGCAUUGGUUGAGGAGAUUGAAAACUUAAAAUAUGUUCCGGAAGGGAACGAUGGGGCUGAUCGGCAUGUGCAGUGGGAGAAAGCCUUCACCAGUUGCUUCCUGAAAGUCGAUGCUGAGGUUGGAGGGAGAGCUGGGAGGGGCAAUCUUGGGAGCAAUGGUGACACGCCUGAGGACAGCUUGGAACCCGUUGCUCCAGAAACUGUUGGAUCUACGGCCGUGGUUGCCGUUGUUUGCUCCUCGCAUAUCAUUGUUUCAAACUGUGGGGAUUCGAGAGCUGUCUUGUGUCGGGGCAAAGGACCUCUGCCACUGUCCGUGGAUCAUAAACCAAACAGAGAAGAUGAAUAUGCAAGGAUUGAAGCUGCCGGGGGCAAGGUUAUACAAUGGAAUGGGCACCGUGUGUUUGGUGUGCUUGCAAUGUCCAGGUCAAUUGGUGACAGAUAUUUGAAACCUUGGAUUAUUCCGGAUCCAGAAGUCAUGUUCAUUUCUCGAAUGAAAGAAGACGAGUGCCUUAUUCUAGCAAGCGACGGGCUAUGGGAUGUCAUGACAAAUGAGGAGGUUUGCGAUGUGGCCCGCAGGAGGAUCCUGCUCUGGCACAAGAAGAAUGGCGUUGUGCCUCCCACUGAAAGGGGCGAAGGAGUUGAUCCCGCAGCUCAAGCUGCGGCCGAGUUCCUCUCAAAGCUCGCCCUACAAAAGGGAAGCAAGGACAACAUCACGGUUGUUGUAGUGGACUUGAAAGCACAACGGAAGUUCAAGAGCAAAACGUGAUGGUAAGUCCCUCCCGUUGUUUUAGUUUAUCAAUUGAAAACUGUGCAAUAUAAAACUGCAUUCCUUCCAUAUUUUACUCCAUUAAUACAUAGGUCCGCCCAUAUGUUUUUUCUCAUUUGGGCUUUAAUAUAUGUACGAGAAAUGAUAUUCUCUAUGUACUAUAGAAUUCGUACCUUAGUGGAAGGCAUAUUGUUUAAUGAUGUGCAACAUCCUUAUAACCAUGUAAGUUCUUUGUGUUA